CCUGCGAUCCGCCCACAUCUCAGCAACGUCGCCUCUCAUUUGCUAACGCAUCUGAAAAUGCCAAACGCGGCAUUUUAUGGGUUGAUCCUACGCAUGCGCACAUCCGAUAGUUUUGUUUGAAGGAGUUCUCGUAGCCAGGGAAGACUGGACUGAAUGUGCCCGGAAAGAGUGGCUUCAGCACAAGGUUGCCAACUAACAUCAUAUUUAAAAGGAACCUAUGAGUGGAAACCACUCGUUUUUAAACAGCAGUUCUUGUCUAAAAGGUGCAUACCUGCUUGAUGUAUUACUAUCACCAUGUUAGGGCAUUAUCCAAACGUGGAAAAAUCGCAGCUUGUCAACUACGUGGAGGAUUAUUUGGAAUGUGUUGAAUCGCUACCUUUGGACAUACAGAGGAAUGUUUCGUUGUUACGCGAGAUCGACACGAAGUAUCAAGAGGUCCUCAGGGAGGUGGAUGAGAUCUAUGAAAAGUACAAAAAGGAAGCUGACAGCGGGCAACGCAAGCGGUUGCAGAUUCAAUUGCAGCGAGCUCUCAUCAGCAGCCAGGAGCUGGGAGACGAGAAAAUCCAUGUGGUCACACAGAUGAUGGAAGUCGUGGAGAAUCGGUCGCGCCAGAUCGAGGCCCACUCACCCUGCUUCUUGGAGCCGGGAGAACCAGAGAGACCUCCUGAGAAGGUGAGGCAUGAUCCUGCAACCACCUCUGCAAACGUUAUGCCUGAGCGCUCUUCGGCACGGCGGCCCAGACGUCAGCGCAACAGCGAGAGCCGUGACCCUUGUCACGGUGCCAACGGGGCCCUUGAAGACCUAGGGGAAGAGCCUCCACCGCAGCCCCGUGAGAAAAAGUCCAAGUCGGCCAAGAAAAAGAAGCGCUCCAAAGCCAAGCAGGAGCGAGAAGCGUCCCCGGUCGAGUUCACCAUAGACCCGAAUGAGCCCACCUACUGCCUCUGCGAACAGGUGUCCUACGGCGAGAUGAUUGGCUGCGACAAUGAGCAGUGUCCUAUUGAGUGGUUCCACUUUUCAUGUGUUGGACUCACCUACAAACCCAAGGGUAAAUGGUAUUGCCCCAAAUGCAGGGGUGACAGUGAAAAGACUAUGGAAAAGAGCGCAGAUAGGGCCAAGAAGGAUAGGCGGUCCAGGUAGUGCCUUACAGAAGAUGUGCUAUGUUAAUAUUAAAGAUUGUUUAAGUGAAAAUAUGCCUGUAUGGGGAUUGGCAUUUUUUGUGUUUAACUUAUGUUAAGGUUCUCCUCAUGCCAGUGUUGUAGUCGAGUCCAACUUAAGUCCGAGUCAAGAGCGAGUCCAGAUUUAGUCCGAUCCCUGGUCUUGACUUGGACUCGACUACAACACUGGCUCAUGCACUUAGCUAAAACGUUUCCAAACAGGUGCUGUUGUUGCUAAUGCAUUAGGAUGGAUGGUAAAUAUGACCAACAGACUUAACCCUGGAAACACAGAUGUUUAAGAUACUGCCACUAAUGUCCAUAGACAAUGAAGAGUUUUUUUUUAAUGUUUUACUGUUAUUUGUUGGUUUCUAUAAGCCUCAAGCGUUUAUAUAUUGGAGGUCACCCAGUCCAGGGUAAUAUGUGUUGUUAAAAAAGAGGCACAUGAUCGACAUGCACAGCAUUAUGUCCACAUCUUUUUUUAUGUUUGCAUUUCUUGUUCUUUCAUUCCACAUUUGAGCAGAUGUAUAUGAAAAAACACCUCCGAAAUGUCUUCCAGUGAAAGAACAAAUUCACUUUCUUUGUUACUAUUUUGGAGUGAUGUUUUCAGUUUUGUUUAAGUUUCAUGUAUUUAAAUAAAUCAGUGCUUGUUAUGUCUCUAA